AAUUUCUAUUCCUAAUUCGUUUCAUUUCAUUUGGAUUGGAUUAACCUCAUUUAUUUCUCUCUCCUAUUUAAACCCAAAUCCGAACUUAGACCCGUAUCCGAGUCCAAUCACAAUCACUAUCAGUCCACCUUAUAGUUUACUAUUAUAAAUACACCUUCAGUUAAGAUUCUCUAUUCACCUUCACAACUCAUUACUCACACAAAACAGAAGAGACAAAUCUAAUUCAAGAGAGAGAAAAUAGAAUGCCUGCCGGAGGAUUUUCCGCGCCGGCGAAUGCCGCCGGAGUUAUUUUCGAAGCCAAGAUUACGCCGAUCGUCAUUAUUUCUUGUAUAAUGGCUGCCACCGGCGGUCUAAUGUUUGGUUAUGACGUCGGUAUUUCAGGAGGAGUGACAUCAAUGAACCCAUUUUUGAAGAAGUUUUUCCCAGUGGUGUACCGAAAAAAGAAUUCACCGGAUGCGAAUCAAAGUAACUAUUGUGAAUAUGACAACCAAGGGCUACAAUUGUUCACAUCAUCAUUAUACCUUGCUGCUUUAGUUGCAACAUUUUUUGCAUCUUAUACAACAAGACAAUUAGGAAGGAGACUCACUAUGCUCAUUGCUGGUUUCUUCUUUAUUGCUGGUGUUGUUCUUAAUGCUGCUGCUCAAGAUCUUGCUAUGCUUAUUGUUGGUAGGAUUUUGCUUGGUUGUGGUGUUGGUUUUGCCAAUCAGGCAGUUCCGGUGUUUCUAUCAGAGAUAGCACCCACCCAAAUAAGAGGAGGCCUUAAUAUUUUAUUUCAACUCAACGUCACAAUCGGCAUUCUUUUCGCCAGCUUGGUCAAUUAUGGCACCGAUAAGAUGAAAGGAGAAAAUGGAUGGAGGGUGUCAUUAGCAAUAGCAGGAGUUCCAGCUGUUAUGCUGACCCUAGGAGCUCUUCUAGUUACAGACACCCCAAACAGCCUGAUCGAAAGAGGGCGAUUAGACGAAGGCAAAGCAGUCCUUAGAAAAAUCAGGGGCACUGAUAACAUAGAACCCGAGUUCUUAGAACUAGUCGAAGCUAGUCGUAUGGCUAAACAAGUCCAACACCCUUUCCGAAAUCUCCUUAAGCGAAGAAAUCGACCUCAACUUGUUAUCGCGAUUGCAUUACAAGUCUUCCAGCAAUUUACAGGUAUAAAUGCAAUCAUGUUUUAUGCACCAGUCUUGUUCAACACCUUAGGAUUUGGAAGCAAUGCAUCCCUUUACUCUGCUGUCAUCACUGGUGCUGUUAAUGUUCUGUCGACUGUUGUCUCGAUUUACUCUGUCGACAAAGUUGGAAGACGUCUCCUUCUCCUUGAGGCCGGAGUUCAAAUGUUCUUCUCUCAGGUGAUCAUAGCCAUAAUCCUCGGACUCAAGCUCAAGGAUCAUUCCAACCACCUAUCCCAUGGAUAUGCCAUCUUUGUUGUUAUAAUGGUGUGUACCUUUGUUGCUUCUUUCGCCUGGUCAUGGGGCCCUCUCGGAUGGCUAAUACCUUCGGAAACCUUCCCCUUGGAAACACGGUCAGCAGGGCAGAGUGUGACAGUCUGUGUUAACAUGCUCUUCACAUUUGUUAUCGGACAGGCUUUCUUGUCUAUGCUUUGCAAGUUCAAGUAUGGAAUUUUCCUAUUCUUUUCGGGUUGGGUCUUAAUUAUGUCUCUUUUCGUGGUUUUCUUGCUUCCCGAGACAAAGAAUAUCCCGAUUGAGGAGAUGACCGAGAGGGUUUGGAAGAAGCAUUGGUUUUGGAAGCGAUAUAUGGAUGAUGAAGAUGGCUAUAUGGAUGGUAUUGAGGUUAAUGGUAUCAAAGAUGCUAAAAAGAACAAGCAAUUUAGUAAUGGGUCUGUUCCUGCACCUUAAUUUUGGUGAAGUGUAGAUGGAUGAUAAGAAAUCAUAUCAUUGUUUAGUAGUAAUUUCUUAUUUUCUUUUACAGUAUCUUUAAAUUAAAUGCAAAGGGUAAAUAGGCUAGUAUUGAUAAUUUGGGUACAUGACUAGCAAAAAUAGUGCCCAUACUGAUACUAUAUUUUAUGUUGUAGGAUUUUAUUACAAUGAAUGAACAGGUUCCAUAGUUCUGGAAUU